UCUUGCGAGGAGCCGCCGCGGGACCGUCCGCCGGCAGGGCCGGCGCCGCUCGGGCUGCCCGGGCUGCCCAGGGCUCACGGGGCCGCCCCGGCGGGCGGGAAGAGCCGGGGCGGGCGGCGGCGGCGCCAUGGAGGAUGAAAUGCCCAAGACCCUGUACGUGGGGAACCUCUCCAGGGACGUGACCGAGGCUCUGAUCCUGCAGCUCUUCAGCCAGAUCGGGCCCUGCAAGAACUGCAAGAUGAUCAUGGAUACAGCUGGCAAUGAUCCCUACUGCUUCGUGGAGUUCUACGAGCACCGGCACGCGGCCGCAGCGCUGGCUGCCAUGAACGGCAGGAAGAUAAUGGGUAAGGAGGUCAAAGUGAACUGGGCCACCACCCCCAGCAGCCAGAAGAAAGACACCAGCAGGCAUCUUCAACCUCUGAACCUCCUUUCUGUUUCCCCCAAAGACCAUUUCCACGUCUUUGUGGGGGACCUGAGCCCUGAGAUCACCACUGAGGACAUCAAAGCAGCUUUUGCUCCAUUUGGAAGAAUCUCGGAUGCACGGGUGGUCAAGGACAUGGCCACGGGCAAGUCCAAGGGCUACGGCUUCGUCUCCUUCUUCAACAAAUGGGACGCCGAGAACGCCAUCCAGCAGAUGGGGGGCCAGUGGCUCGGGGGCCGGCAGAUCAGGACCAACUGGGCCACCAGGAAACCUCCAGCUCCCAAGAGCACCUAUGAGGCAAGCACCAAGCAAUUGUCCUAUGACGAGGUGGUCACUCAGUCCAGCCCCAGCAACUGCACCGUGUACUGUGGGGGCGUCACCUCGGGCCUCUCAGAGCAGCUGAUGCGCCAGACCUUCUCCCCCUUCGGGCAGAUCAUGGAGAUCCGCGUGUUCCCCGACAAAGGCUACUCCUUCGUCAGGUUCAGUUCCCAUGAGAGCGCCGCCCACGCCAUCGUCUCCGUCAACGGCACCACCAUCGAGGGCCACGUGGUCAAAUGCUACUGGGGCAAGGAGAGCCCCGACAUGGCCAGCCCUGUGCAGCAGGGCCAGCUGAGCUACCCGCCGGCCUACGGGCAGUGGGGGCAGUGGUACGGCGGUGCCCAGCUGGGCCAGUACGUGCCCAACGGAUGGCAGGUGCCCACCUACGGCGUGUACGGCCAGGCCUGGAGCCAGCAGGGCUUUGGGCAGAGCCAGUCGUCGCCCCCCUGGAUGCCCCCCGGUUUCAGCGUGCAGGCCCAGAACGGCGCCGUGGUGCCCCCCCAGCCCGGAUUCCGUGUGGGCUUCGAGACCCCCUGACCCCCCCCCAGCGCUGAGAUUGACCCAAACCCCUCCCUUUUCACCCCAGAGCCACCCCGGAUGCUGGAUCGCCCUCACCGCCGCCGCCUUCGCUCUUUUUAUUUUGGCUUUAUUUUUAUUUUUAAUGUGUUUUUUUACAAACACAAACUGCAGGGACUCGGCUGCCUCAGCUGAGAAUCGGGGGCAGGAAUUGCACAAAGUCAUUCUUGGGGUUUGUUUUUUUUUUUGGGAUUUUUUUUCCCUCAGGAAGAGCUGGGAAAAAAAAAACCACCCCAAAAGAAGCCAAAAGUGUGGGGAUGUGGAGGUGCCUUCAGCCCCACAGCUCUGUUUGAAAGGAGCCUCUUGGUGGAGGCUUUUUUUACCAGAGAAAUCUUCGUUUACAUCCUUUUCUUGUGGAUCUCAGUGUGGUUUUCAGGGUUGGGGUUUUUGCCUUAUGCUGGGGAAAAAAAAAAAACAAAAAACAAAAUAUAAAAAUAAAAAAAAAGGGACUCAAAAGUGCCCAAAUCUCCCCACAUGAGCCAAGAUUCCCACCCUGGGACAGCAAAAUUCCUGUUGCUAAAACAGAUCCCUCCAGGGCUUGGUUGGUUUUUUUUUUAAUUUUUUACUGAUUUCUACAUUUUCCUGUACUGAUUCUGUAAAAUAUUCCGAGCAAAUUGAAGAAUUUUUGCACAACCUUCGGCCACUUUUGUACGUUUUCCUUAUUUAAAGGUAGGACACAAAGGAGCCUUUUGAUGUGAUUUAUGCCUCAAAUCUUCCUUUUUUUUUUUGAUCCUUCUUUUUUUUGUGGAUAUGAGAUAUCUCUUGGAAUAUAAAGUUUUUAAUCCAUUGUGUAAAAUUCCCUCCGUAGCCCAGGUGUGUUUCACAAGGGAGUGAAGGUGAGAAGAGCUCCCAAACCUCAUCUAUCAGAGGCCAAAAAACGCCCUUUUUUAUCCUACCUCUCGCCCAGCCUUUAAAAAAAAAAACACAAAAAAACACACAAAAAUGGAAAAAAAUACGAAAAAACCUUUUUUUUUUAGAAAAAAAAAAGAAAAAUGAAAAAACUGA